AUGAUAGAGCCGAUAAUUGGACAAAAUCCAUUAAUUUUAUCGGUAACAUGUAGAAAUUAUGGUAAAGUAUUACUACGUGGUGAAUUGGAUGACUGUGUUCCGGAAAAUUUCCGUUGUUUUCUGAGAAAUCCAAUUGUUGUUAACUUAACCGAACUUGUCUGUAUUAUGGAUGAUGAAAAUUCGGCAAGCAAAGCACCAUUGGUGUCAUGCAUUGUGACCGGAAAUGUUCCAUUAAUGAAGGAGAAAUGUUCGGAAGAAGGUGACUGUCAUUCCGUAACAGUAUCCUGUCCAAUUGCAAAAAAAAUGGAUGAUGGCAUUAUCAGUGAUAAUGAUGUGAUAGAAGACGAACAAAAUAUUAUCACUGAAAAAGCAUUACCACAUCCACCGCUGCUAUCAGUUUCUGGACCAGAAGAUAGCUCUCGAUCAUGCUUCUUCUUUAGUGACAAUAAAACCUCAGGUAUGAUCGAUGAUGGUAAUAGAGGUAAUAUUGGUAAUAGCUGGAAACCCUGUAUGCCAGUUGAUGCAGUUUGUCGUAUGGUUGAAAUGACAACAGUUGAAAAAUCAUCUGUCGCAUGUACCGUUCAAAAAAAUGAAAAAUUGCAUGAAUGUUUGAUAAUCUGGGAAACUGAUAAACAACGUUGCCAUGAUUCGAACUGUUUAAGCUUACAUUUGAACUGUCCAGUACUGGAAGAGUAUGACAUGGUUUUACCAAUACAAAAAAGUAAGACAGGUGCUCUUGGUCUGGUACUAUCAUUAGCAUUCUUUACUGGUGUUAUUGCUGCAUGCAUUGGAAGUUAUUUUCAACAAGUAUGCCUGAAAACUGCAAAUAUUAGAAAUGAUGAAAAUGAUGAGAAUGAAACGAAGUUCUGUAGAAAUAGCAUUUAUUCGUCAUAUAUUAAUAAGUAA